AUGUCGAAAUCGAGCAUCACUUCGUUUCAUACAUUACCAGUGGAACUUUUUUAUCGAAUCCUCGAUCAACAAAAUGAAUAUACGAUAGUCUUCUCAAUGCGAAAUAUCUGUCGAAGAUUCAACAGAAUUGUCGACUCAUAUGAUCGAUAUCAGACACUGACAGAAAUCCAAAUUAAACAUAAAUCAAUCGAAGUUGAAGAAGCAAAAACUUUGGGUGAUGUUUUAAGCAACACAACAAUCAAUAGACUUGACCUUCAAAGCAAUGCAAUUGAAUAUAGAGGAGCACGGUAUCUAGCUGAUGGACUAAAGGAUAACAAAACACUGACAAUAUUACAACUCGGAUGCAAUAAAAUCGGAUAUGAAGGAGCACAAUAUAUAGCUAAUAUGUUGAAGGAAAAUACUACCCUUACUGGACUUGAACUUGAGUCGAAUGAAAUCAAAGAUGAAGGAGCACGAUUCCUGGCUGGUGCAUUGAAAACCAACACGACGCUUAUUGAACUCGAAAUCUGGGGAAAUGAAAUCGGCAACGACGGUGUACAAUAUAUAGCUGAUACGUUAUCGAACAAUAGGACACUCACUCACCUAGAUCUGGGACGUAAUAGUAUUGGAGAUCAAGGAUUACUAUCUCUGGCACCUGCACUACAGAGCAAUGGCACUAGAGCAAUUCGUUGCCCUUCAAUUCGUCGCGCUCAAUUCGUCGCGUUCUUUUCGUCGCCGCUCAAUUCGUCGCCUAUUCAAUUCGUCGCAUUCAGUUCGUCGCGACUUAAUGAAAACUUGCUAGAGUCUAUUGAACAACUUGAGAGGCUCAAUCAAGUCUUAUCAAAUCUAACAACGCGACGAAUUGAGCGCGACGAAUUGAACGGCGACGAAUUGAUCGACCACCAGAGCAAUACAACUCUUAUCGAGCUCAACUUACGACAAAAUUGCACUACAACCCAAGGUGAACAGUAUUUCAUGGACGCAUUGGGGAACAAUAGGACGUUGAAGGCUUUGUGGCUGCAAUAUCACCUCUAUCGACCGAAUAGUUUGCACUGA